AUGAGAAGUUUCACCCAUUCCGAUUCCAAAACAGGAAAGGAUUUCCAUCACUCUGCUGUCAUUCAUCCGAAUAGAGCUGCCUUCUCCAGAGGCAAGUCUGAGGAUAUUCAGCUCGUGCAGGACCUCCUGUCGUGUGCUCAGGCAGUGUCCAAUCAUAACAACGAUUGUGCUAGUGAGUUUCUGAAAGAGUUCAGCAAGCUGAGCUCCGGCUCGACCAAUGUGGUGCAGUGUCUGGUCUACUAUUUCGCCGAAUCUCUACGUGACAGGAUAUCACCAGUUAUGCAGUUCGCCGGUGUUCAGACAAUGUUAGAUCACAUAUCAUCAUGUGCCAGGGUGCACAUUGUCGAUCUUGGCCUCUAUGGCGGCCUCAGACAUGCCGUUUUAAUGCAAGCUUUAGCUACAAGGUCUGGAUGUCCCAUCCAACAUCUCAAGAUUACUGCUGUAGCAGCUCAGUCUCAUGUUCAGGUCGAGGAGGAGGUGGUGGGAGUUCGCCUCCAAAACUUGGCCAAGUCCCUGAAUAUGAGCUUUUCUUUCCAUGUCAUAACAUCCGAGGACAUCCUGGAUCUUAAUCAGAGCAUUCUUCGCCCAGAUCCUGAAGACACAGUCGUCGUCCAAGCAGCGCACAUCUUGAGGUUCAUGAUUCCGAAGCUUGAAAUCUUGAUGUUAGCCGUACGAAGCCUCAACCCACACGUGAUGAUCAUCAUUGAAGUCGAAGCCAAUGUUGAUUCUAAGGUUUUUGUCAACCGCUUCGUUGAGGCUCUCCUUUUCUUUGGGGCCGGUUUUGACUACUUGGAGCACUGUCUUAAGGAUGAUCUUGCAGCGAGAAACUACGCCGAAUCCGUGCUCUUUAGCCCUUCAAUAAGACACAUUGUUGCGGCCGAGGAAGAGGAGAGGAAGUUCAGAAUUGUAGGCAUCAAUUUCUGGAGGGGGGUUUUUGUUAGGUUUGGCAUGGCGGAGACGGAGCUGAGCAAACUAGCGCUCAAUCACGCGAAUUCCGUUCUCAACAUGUUCGACUGCUGUGAUUCUUGCAGACUUGGCCUAGAUGGAAACAGCCUCAUAGUUGGAUGGAAGGGUACACCAAUAUUUUCACUAUCUGCAUGGAAGUUUCAGAAGAUAGGAGCAAUGUGA